AAGCUCAAAACAGUGCAGCCUGACGCGUACACGACGCUAGAGCCUAGACACACUUCGGCACCCGUAAGAGUGCCGUUCCAAGCGCGUAACCCCAGCGCUUUGCAACAGCGCCGGUGGUAAAGGCAGCUCUGCACCCAACCAGCACUGGUGCUCUCCGCCGCCAUCUAGCUCGCUGAUGCGAACGCUCGCGAAAGUAACAGCGAUGAGCCUCCUCACCACGCUCGCGCGCGCGUUCACGACGGCGGCGCCGCGCCGGGCGCGCCUCCGCGCGCUCCGCGCGGAGGACACGAUCUACGCGCUGAGCUCGGGUCGGGGCGUGGCCGGCGUCGCCGUGGUGCGAGUGUCGGGCCCGCUCGCGGCGCCGGCGCUCGAGCGGUUGACGGGCAAGAAGCCGCCGGAAGUGAGAAGAGCCUCGCUGCGGAGCCUCAGGGCGCCAGGGACGGGCGAAUUGCUGGACGAGGCGCUCGUGCUGCGCUUUGAGGCGCCGAAGUCGUUCACGGGCGAGGACGUCGUGGAACUGCACUGCCACGGCGGCCGCGCGACCGUCGACGGCGUCCUCGAGGCGCUUGACGGCGUCGAGGGCCUGCGCGCGGCGGAGCGCGGCGAGUUCACGCGGCGCGCCUACGCGGCGGGCAAGCUGGGAUUGACCGAGGUCGAGGGCCUCGCGGACUUGCUCAUGGCGACGACGCCGACGCAGCGGCGCCAGGCGCUGGCCCAGGCCGGCGGCGCGCUUGAAAAAAGGUACGAGAGCUGGCGUAGUACGCUCCGGAGCUGUCGGGCCCGCGCCGAGGCGCUGGUGGACUUUGGCGAUGAUGUGGAAGGCGACUUGUCGGCCGAGGAGGGGUCCAAAGCGCGGACGGAGAUGGAUUCGCAGCUCAACGCCCUCAUAGGCGAGCUGCGCCGGGCGCUGACCGACGGCUACCGGGGCGAGGCCAUUCGCGAGGGCGUGCGCGUCGUGCUCGCGGGCGCGCCGAACGCGGGGAAGAGCAGCCUGCUCAACGCCCUCGCGCAGCGCGACGCGGCCAUCAUCUCCGACGUGCCCGGCACGACGCGCGACGUGCUCGAGGUGUCCCUGCCGCUGGGCGGCCUCCCAUGCGUGUUGUUUGAUACGGCGGGCCUGCGCGACGCCUCCGACGUUAUCGAGCGGGAGGGCGUCCGGCGGGCGCGCAAUGUGGUCGAGGGGUCGCACGUCGUCGUUUUUGUGGUCGACGCGGCGAAGAUUGAUGAGGGCGCGGACGCGGCGGCGCUCGAGGCGGUCGGCGGGGCGCUCUCCGCGGACCCGCGGCCCGAGCUCGUGAUCUGCGCGAACAAGAUGGAUCUCGUGGAAAAGGACGCCUUGCCGCGGCGGCGGGCCGCGCUCGUGGACGCCGCGCCGGCGGCGAUCGCGCCGCUCGUCGCGGCCGCGCCGCUCGUCGCGGCGACGUCGCUGGACGAGGCCGGCGUGGCCGCGCUCGCGGCGGACCUCGAGGCCCGCGUCGCGGCGCGGUUCCGCGAGGCGGGCGACGAGUACGAGGCGCCGGCGAUCACGCGCGAGCGCCACCGCGGCCACGUGGAGCGCUGCCGCGCGGGGCUCGAGCGGAUCCUCGCGGACCCGUACCUGGAACCCGAGCUGGUCGCCGAGGAGCUGCGGGCGGCGACGGACGACCUGGGCGCCGUCGUCGGCGCCGUCGACACGGAGGCGGUUUUGGACGUGCUGUUCGCGGACUUUUGUAUUGGUAAGUAG